AUGUCAAAGAUUUAUAUAUCAAGCAAUCCUCCUGCAUACCAUGCCAAUGUUUAUGAUGAUGAUCUCGAGAAGGGACUUCCUUUGUACACACAACAGGACACAAAUAAAUCACCCAAUUCAGGUUCUUUAAAAGCCAAAGAGAAGAAAGAUAUAGCAAUGGAUCAACUUGGCGAUUUUUAUUCCUUUUUAGAUGAAAGGAAACGUGAAGCUUCACAAUUCCUAAAUCGGGAAUUUCCCGGCAAUGUAGUUCUUAAAGAGAAGUUGCAACGACUGUUAUCUACAAUUAUUCCCUCUUUGGCCUUCAUUCAUAUAUUCUCGGGACUAAUAGGACUGCUUUAUGUGGUCAUCUUGAUGGGUUGUGUCCUUCCAUUCGUUUUCAGUGCUAUUGGAAAAAUCAUUGGUAUGGUCGUAGGUACCUUGAUGUACUGUGUAGGUACCAUAAUGUGCGGUGUGGGCUAUGUAUUGUAUUCCACUCUUUUAGCCUGUCUUGGUUUAGAUUUUGUUAGCUCAACAGAUCACACGAGAGCGCCUACGCUUCCCAGCUAUCAGCAAAGAGACAAUACACUGGCUCCUCCACCGACGGAUAUCUAUCCUACUACGUAA